AUGGCGAUGCAGCGCGGAUUGCAAGAAAUAGCAGAAGUCACAGUGGUAACUCCGCCAUUGGAAUUGAUCCGAUUGGCGCAGGCAAAAUUUAGGGCGCUUUCAAAAUUAGAAAAGGCGUAUUCGGAAGAAGUGCUAUCAUUGCGACGUCGCAGCGACCUUUUACAGGAGUCUCUUGACAAAGCACAGCUCGACUACGAGCGCGAGAAAGCCAGUAGGCAACGGGAAAUCCGCCAUUUGAGAGAACAGCUCAAUCAGCUAGAAACACAACAGUUGGAGAGGUUACGGGAAGCAACUCGCGACCACGAAGAGCGACAGGACCUCGACAAGUGCCGCGCACUGCUAGAAAAUGCAACCAGGGAUCUCAAUAGUAUCACGGCGCAAAAACGUCUCGUAGAGCAAAAGUUGGCCCAGAGCGAGGUUGAAUGGGAACGGCAAUUGACCGAAGUCAAUGCGGCUUCUGCGCUGGUGGAGGAACAAAUCAAGGCUCUGAAGCAGCGAAUACGCGAACUCGAACAGGCCUCCAGAGAUCGAGAUGUAACGGAGGUCACUGCAAGAACAGAGAGUGAGGCUCGAGAGACAGCGCUGCGACAGGAGGUGAUACAAUGUCAGGAACGUUUGGAAUUGAUGCAACAAAGACUUGAUCGAACGACAGUGGAAUACAGUCGUUUCCAAGAAGAAGUAGAACGGGAACGAGCUCAGUGGCAAGAGCAAGUAGAAACUUUUAAUCGACAACUGGCCGAAGCUGCUCCUGGAGAAGCAGUAAAACUGCGCCUGGAACGCGAUCAGCUAAAGCGCGAACUGCUAGAUUUAAACGCUCGGUUAAACCAUCUGGAACAAACCCGAACGGAGCGAGAUCGACUGGAAGCUGUCAACGAACAGCUAAGGCUGCGCUUGGAGGAAUGCGAACGGCAUCGUAGCUUCCAGGAUGAUCUCGUUUUAGAAUUGAAACAUCAAGUCGCGACCCUAGAACAAAGAAUACGCGAGGCCGAUCGUGUCGCAGCGAUAGUGCAUCCACAUUUGACGGAGCCGGAAUUUCAAGAGGACGAAAUUCCAGGGUUACCUUCGUCGUCA